AUGGCGACCCAGAAGCCUUCUGUACCCUACACAGAAGACGAGCAGAUUCCGCUCGAGGCCAGACCCCCCUACCCCACGGCCAAGCCAAUGAGGCUGUUAUGCGUAUAUCCGCCCUACAUGGCCAAAUUUCGUUUGGUCGUCGGAAAACCCUUUGUUUCUACCUAUGACGCCAGGGACUAA